CGUCUCUCUCGAUAUCGUAAAACUCAACAAAUUCGAGUUCGGAUUCUCUGACCUCAGUUUUUCAGAUAUUUGAAUCAGCAUUUGCUGUUUUUUUUUCUUAGUUUUCAUUCUUUGAUCAUGGAGAUGUUAAGAGCGAGGGGAAGCACAAACGGCGUCGUUCAAGUCCCCAAGUUUUUCGUCACGAGCAACUAUUUUUGUCACAGAGACUCUGACCAUGGUGAGAAUCGUGAAGAAGCAAAGAAGGAGGAAGAAGAAGGUAAAGAUAUUGAGCUAACGUUAGGUCUCUCUCUGAAUGGUCAGUUUGGUACGGAUCCGAGAUCGAGGAAGAGGAAGAACUUCGAACUGGCUCGAUCUUCUUCCAUACCGGAAGGUUUCGUCUUCGACGGACAAAGAUCCGGUGGAGAUAUGCGGCAGACGGUGACGUGUGGAGCUUCGGACAUGUUCCAGCUGGAUCGGACGCGUUCUCUUCCUGUCAAAACGGAGACGGAGGCGAAGAGGAAGCGACAGGAGAAUACAACGGUCCAAGCCGAGGCGAAGCCGUUUCUGUUAUUUAACGUUCCUCCUCCGACAAAGGAGAGAGAAGAGAAAGAUGGUUUUCUUGUCCCCGGACCGGUCAACGGGAGGGGUAAAAACGGAAACACGGCGAAGAAAAGGAACCAAGAAGUUUCGGGGAUGGAGAAAGCUAGGAACAUUUUGGAAGACAUGCCGUGCGUGUCGACGAGAGAUGUCGGAGCUGACGGGAAACGUGUGGAAGGGUUUCUUUAUUGGUACGGAGGGAGCAAGGAGGAGGUGAAGAUAGUGUGUGUUUGCCACGGGAGUUUUCUUUCUCCGGCGGAGUUCGUUAGACACGGCGGAGGUACCGUGUCCGACGGUGGUGGUGAUGUUACUAGUAAUCCUCUUAGAGAUAUUGUUGUUAAACUUCCUUCUUCAUCUUUGUAGUUCAUAUUACUCUUUAGGAACCCAAUUGUUGUUAAAUGAUUCUAAAAAAUAUUUUGUUUCAUCUUGGAUUCAUUCCGUUUGCAAAAUUACAUUGAGUUUCUAUAAGGUUAAUUGUAUUCUCAUUCUCAAACUUUUUAAAAAC